AUUCAAUGUGAUUGUUCAGGGCGUGUCCACCGGCCCUAUUAGUCCUGAAUGUGCCAUGCGCAUGAGUCUUCGGGAUGUGAAGCUUCCAAAUGUAUCACCACCACCUGCCCUAUCUUCCACCGGACGGAUUGCACAAUGGCUGAGGGGCGUCUGUCUACUUUUGCUAGUCUUUGGCCUCGCUUCAAUAGUGAGCGUAGAGGCACAGACGUCGGGACAAAUCACGGCACUGAAAAAGGAGGUUGAGGAUCUCUUUUAUCAUGGCUACGAAAAUUACAUGGCGCAUGCCUUUCCUGAAGACGAACUGCGACCCAUCUCCUGUAGACCCCUGACACGCGACCGUGAGAAUCCGGCUCACAUCGAGGUCAACGACCCUCUCGGAAACUAUUCCUUGACCCUCAUCGACAGCCUAUCUACCCUGGCGAUCCUAGCCUCGAGUCCCACAAGUCCAAAGCACAAUAAGGCCCUCAGAUUGUUCCAGAAUGGCGUCCGAGACCUCGUCAGCCAAUAUGGCGAUGGCACUGACGGAGACUCCGGUCAAGGGCUGAGAGCUCGAGGGUUCGAUUUGGAUAGCAAGGUACAAGUCUUUGAGACUGCAAUACGCGGUCUUGGAGGCCUUUUGAGUGGUCACUUAUUCGCUGUGGGUGAACUGCCGAUACGGGGUUACAGUCCUUCGAAGGAGCAGAUUGCCUCUGCAAAGUUAUGGCACAAGAGAGAGGUAGAUGGAUACAGUCGUGGUAUACUCUGGCCGAAUGGGUUCGAGUAUGAUGGACAACUGCUGAGACUGGCACUUGACCUGGGAAACCGUCUGAUGCCCGCCUUCUGGUCCGCCACCGGCAUACCUUAUCCUCGGGUCAAUCUUCGCUCUGGGAUUCCCUUCUAUACCAAUUCGCCCCUUAACCUCGGCACAGAAGACGGACAGUGUGAUGCCCGAUCCGGUAUGCCUGAAAUCACUGAAACAUGCAGCGCUGGCGCUGGAAGCCUCGUCCUCGAGUUUACUGUCCUGAGCCGGUUGACCGGAGACAGUCGUUUCGAAGAACUUGCCAAGAGGGCUUUUUGGGCUAUCUGGCAGAGACGGAGCACUCUGGACUUGGUUGGGAGUGGCAUUGAUGCAGAGACUGGUAAUUGGAUUGGCACAUGGACUGGAAUCGGUGCUGGCAUCGACAGCUUCUUCGAGUAUGCUUUCAAAUCGCAUGUCCUUCUUUCGAGAGAAGCGCAUCCGCGUUACGAGGACUCUACGAAUGCUGAAGACCCGAGGGUGCUGUUUGAGUCUCUUCCACUCGAGGAGGACACUUCACAGGCUUUUCUCACUGCGUGGGAUGCUGCCCAUGCUGCGAUCAAGAGACAUCUGUACCGUGGGCCGAAUUUUCAGCACCCGCACUACAUCCAGGCUGAUCUGAUCACUGGGGCUGCUAGAGGUUUCUGGAUCGAUGCUUUGAGUGCUUUCUAUCCUGGAUUACUGGCAUUGGCUGGCCAUGUUGAAGAGGCCGUGGAGACACAUCUUCUUCAAACCGCUCUUUGGACUAGAUUUUCUGCUCUGCCAGAGCGCUGGAACCUGGUCACGGGUGGCAUUGAAGGUGGCUUGGGUUGGUGGGUAGGCAGACCAGAGUUCAUUGAGUCGACCUACUACCUCUAUCGCGCCACUGAGGACCCAUGGUAUUUCCACGUUGGGGAAAUGGUCCUUCGCGACAUCAAGCGGCGUUGCUGGACCAAAUGCGGCUGGGCCAGCAUUCAGAAUGUCUUGACCGGCGAACAGACUGAUAGAAUGGAGAGCUUUUUCUUGGGUGAAACGGCCAAGUAUCUCUUCCUCCUCUUCGAUCCAUCACAUCCUCUCAAUCAUCUCGACGAGCCCUUUGUCUUUACAACCGAAGGUCAUCCGCUCCUCAUUCCUCGAAGUGUGGACGAUGGCCACCAUCAAGGCAAGCUCUGGAAUCCCGCACCUCGGGAAGCACAUGUCUGUCCUGUCAAGCCACAGCCACUCCCCUUUAGUAUCUCGAAUGUUGCAGCAAGAGGGGACGUGUACCACGCCGCCAAUCUUGCACGACUACACCUGACGCCGACUAGAGAUACCGUCGAGUCGGUGCUCGGUGAAUAUGCAGCUGAUCAUCCUAGCAUUACCUUGUCGGACAUCAGCUCUCCCUCCAAUUACACUUAUUACCCUUGGACACUACCACCGGAAUUGGUCUCGGUCAAUGCUACCAGUUCACUCAUGCCAACGAGACCUACACUUGACAUAUCAUUCCCAGCUGUCUCGCAUUCAGGCCAACCUUCCCCACCUCUCCAGCGUGUCAAAGAAGGUAUCCUGAUCAGCGCCAUUGGGGGCCUGCGACUGGGUAUGGUCCAGGACAUUCCGAUACUGCUUGACAACGGCAUAUUCGAUGCUUUCCGUAUUCAGACGAUCAACAACAUCCCACUAGGCAAAGAUGAGAAAGUGUUUCUUGCACACGAAACAGGCAAAGAGAGCUUGAGCCUCAACGACCCCAACUUCACGCGCAUUCGAGAUCCGAUCAUGCUUGAUGUUGUAAUUGACCUAAGCGGACCUGUCGAGCAGCAAAGUAGCCAAACAAAUUCCACCGAAGAUACCUUUGUUAUUGACAUGCCAGAACUCUCAAGUUCGUCGGAUAGUGCCAUGAAAGCAGCAUGGAAUGCCAUCGUAUCGCAACUGUCCAGUCUCCUCAAGGACCAUCCGCACACUUCCUGGCCUUUUACAACGCCGUUGUCACUUCAGUCAAGUCCGUCAAAGCACACUCCUGGUUCUGCUUCAAACAGCAUGCCGCGCUAUCACCUUACAGCCGUGACACCCACCGGCCCUGGCGCUGCACCUUUGCCAGACUGGUCCGAAGUCAUGACCCCGACGUCCGCUGGAGCACAAGUCCCACCACUGCUGUGGGAAACAAUAUAUGCCGCAGACGAGCUUUGCGACUACAAACUACCCCUAAAUAUUGUCAAGACACAUCAGAUCCUUGUGAUCAAACGCGGCGGAUGCAGCUUCAGCCGCAAGUUAAGCAACAUUCCUGCUUUUUCGCCCUCGUCUCAGUCUCUUCAACUCGUCAUCCUCGUUUCAUAUGGCGCUGACCAGAUAUCCGACGACGGCGAUCAGGCAUCAGCUGGUGAUGAUGAAGAAAAUCUCGUCAGACCAUAUCUAGACGAGGCACAGAAGACUCCGGGAGGACUUCCCAGGCACAACGCCAUUCCUAUGGUAAUGGUCGCUGGUGGCAAACGGGUCUACGACACUCUAGCGACAAAGACCGUUGGCGUCGGCAUCAAGAGACGUUAUCAUGUUGAGACCGAAGGAGUCAGGAUUGCAAAUUUGAUCAUUCUGUAAAACACAAACACGAAGUGUGCAGCUAUGUCUGGAGUUGACGCAAAACUAUCGCGGUUCUGGAAUACAGACACACGUUUCAAUGAUGCGAUGCAACCCAUGCUAGAUCACCUAGAUGCGGUUGACAGAAUCCAGUUACCAUCUCCCCCUCCAACUCUUCUCCCAAGCUCUCUCGUCCUCGUCUGCCCUUUCUAUCGCGCGCCUCCACUCCCUUUCCAUCCUCCUCGCCAGCUCGUCUGGACUCUCGCCCUCUGGGCCUGUCGAGGCGGGGCUCUCGCACCCUCUCAACCCGAUGAACCGGCCAAAGCGCCGCCGUUUCGUUUCGAGAUCUACAUCGCCGUCAUGAGCACUGUGGUGGCCCGGCGCUUCUUCGUCGAGAACGGCGUUCCGGGGCGCUCCGCUCGGGUGCAUGGACGUCCACGCAGGGAUCCAGGCUGGGUACAUGAAGGUCUCGUCGACGGGCGGCUCCACCUGGUGGUACCAUCGCGCCAUGCUGUCGAGCUGGUUGUGCGUCAGGAGGUGGUAUUGCAGCAGGCUCGUGGGGAACGAGGGGUGAGGGAGGCCGUUUGUCACCGAGAUCAACGGCACGAGAGGGGCCCGCAGGUGUUCUACACUGUGCAUGUACUGGACCCGUGUGCGCAGGCUGGUGGGCGAGAGGGACUUGUCCGAUACGACCACGUGGUAGCGCGGUGGAGGCGGAAGGUGAAUGCGCACGCGCGGUCGCUUGCGAAUGGGCGAGCGUGUCAGGAUCGGCGUGGGCACGUGGGGCCUGGCAAUGCGCUUGGGGUAAGCGGACGGGGAAGACGAGGAAGACGAGGAGGGAGAGCAGGAGGAUGGAGAUGUAGGUGACCAGUCCAUCAAGGUGGUGGCGUCGGAGGAAGGAGUCGACGGCUGGUGGUUCUGGUCCUGGUCCUGGUCCUGGUGUUCGCUGAUCGAGGCCAUGGGCUCGGAGAUAAGUGCGUCGCCGUUGUACAGACUCGUGUUGACGCGCAGGGGAAGGUUGAGGACUCGGUCCACGUUCGGACUGCGCAUGGCCAUGCGGCUUUGGCGGCCGUCUUGUUCCAGGCUCUUGAGCGCCGUGGUGGAUGAGGCUUGGAAGUAUGCUCUUUCUGGUGUGCGGAUGAAAAGAGGCGACGUCGGCAUGAAUGAUGCUUGCUGCGGUGAUGUGACGGGUGUGGUCAGGCUGUUGCGCCGGCAUACUGAGUGGUUGGCUGGGGCCCAGCUCGGGCUGCUUGCCAUGGCUUGCGGAAAGACGAAGUGGCCCGGCACAGUACUAGUAUCGGCUUGCUGAGAGGAGAAGAAUGUCACCCGCGACGGUGACAGUGUUGCGGAGCCAGGCUCGACGGUCGUUGAACGAGGAGAUUGCGGCGAGGGUAGAGGGAGCGUGGGAGAGGUCGGGGUCGGUGGAAUCAUGGUCUCAAGAAGUCUUACCCACGACUCGCGCACGAAAAGAUCUGUAGGGGGCAAGAGAAUGGCACGUCAAGCUGAAUCCAACCUUCAGGUGGUUGCUUGCAAAUGCGCUACAGGGUGAAGUAUGGUACUGAUGGGUAAGGAUAGAUGUUUGGCGGGAUCAAUGAAGGAGACAGACGGCGCUGCUGGAUUAUCAGAUCAGACUUUUUGAACGUGCUCAAAGAACCGGCCCAGAUUUGAGAGGCCUGCAUAGAACACAAAGCCGUUUAACG